UGUUUUUUUGUUCAAUUCGAUUUCUCAGAACAUGUCAAAACGCGCCCACGACGAUGGCGCUGACGACGCCCGCAGCAGCCUUCCUCGCGACUCGUCGUCUCCUCUGACCGACAGUGUUGGAGCUGUGCGACCUCAUCCAGACGAGCAUGCACGAAAGCGAGUUGCGCUGGACGUUGCUGCGUCUUCUACACAACAGGACGACGCUUCUCAGCGCAGCCAAGCCAAGCCAAUGAUGUCGGACGACGAUCUGCUGCUGACCACGGGCAUCUCGUCGAAUGCAGCCGUGUCUGCGCUCAAGACCAAGCUGCGCGCGCCGGCAGCAGCCAUGGCGAUGGGAGCGUCAGGCUCGACAACGACGCCCGGCUCAGUGGGACUCGCUGCUGGCUCACCCGCGGCGGCGGCGGCUGGAGUCGCGCGGUCGGACUCGUCGCUCGCACUCGCUGCUCUGACUGGUGGCUGGAAACGCACCAAGAGCCAGCCGGCGUCGGCGCUGGGAACGCCGUUGGCACUCAGCCAGAACUCGUCUGCUGGAGCGUCACCCGUUCCGACUGCCGCUCCCGUGCCAAUGCCAAUGGACGAGACGACCCAACCGUCGACUACAACUACUACUAGUAGUAGUGAAGCUAACUUGGUGAAGCAAGCAGCUGCGCAACCGCAGAGCAAUCCAGUUGCAACACUGCCAACCUCAGCCACUGCCCCUCCUGCGACAAGCAGCAGCAACAGCAGCAGCAGCAGCAGCAGUGCUUCCAAGCCAGUCACUGAAGCUCAGUGCAACCAAAUCGCUGCAAAGCUCAUGAAGGCCGAAAUGAUGGGCGAUGCAGACAAGAUUAGCAAGCUCAAACUCGAGCUGGAAACGGCGCGAGCAGCGCUUGCAGCGUCCCAGCACCAACCAACAGCCGUGUUCAGCAGUGUAUCAGCGCCGGUUGCGCACGAGCGUUCAUCAUCCGCGCCACGAAGCGAAUCGCGAAAUCAGCACCGAGACCAUCGUGAGCAUCGAGACCAUCGAGACCAUAGAGACCAUCGAGACCAUCGUGACCACCGAGACAGCCGCGAUCGUCGAGACAGUCAUGGCCGUGACCAGCGAGAAGAGAGUCGACACGACCGCCAUGAUCGCCAUGAUCGCCGCGAUCGCGACCGCAAUCAUCACGCUUCGAGCUCAGCCCCGGAUGAGGUCGAGGUUGUGGCGGGCCAGACAGAUCGUACGGGAGGCCUUCGGCCACUACCUUCGUCGUUCGGAAGUGAUAUUCGAUCGAUGGCGCAGCGUGAAAAGUUGGGUGCUGGCGUGGAAGACUACGAUCGAGACUUUGCCAAGAAUGUGAUGAAGAUUUCCCGCGGCAGCUCUGGCCUCAACUCGGAGCACGAUGUCGGCGACGAGUAUGUUCGUCGCCACCACGAUGAUGCAGCCGCAAAGAAGAGCUCUCGACAUAAUCGACCUGGCAUGACGGAUGAAGACAAGGCGCGCAACCGGGCAGUGCUGGAUCACAAUCGCCAUCAAGCAACUUUGGAUGGCUGUCCCUUGUGUCCCACGUCGUCGCACUAUCAGGCACAUCUGACGAUCGCAACCGGGAUUAACUGCUACCUCGCAUUACCUGCUUCCGGAUCUCUGGCAAAAGGCCACUGCGUGAUUGUGCCAAUUCAGCAUUCAGUGUCUGCCAGCACGUUUGACGAGGAAGUCAUUGACGAGAUGCAGCUCUUCCGCAAGUUUGUCACCAAAAUGUUCUUGGCGCAGGAUCUUGACGUCGUGUUCCUUGAGACAGUCAUGCACCUCAAGCGCCAGCACCACACCAAGAUUGAGUGCAUUCCACUAUCUCGCGACUUGGGCAGCGAGGCACCCAUGUACUACAAGAAGGCAAUCGUUGAGGCCGAGUCCGAGUGGCAAGCCAACCCCAAAUUGAUUGAGACGAAAGGGCGGCCGAUUCGCAAUUGCCUUCCAGCGGGCUUUCCGUACUUUCACGUGGAGUUCGGCAUGGACUUUGGGUAUGCUCACGUUGUCGAUAACGAACUCAAGUUCCGCCCCACCUUUGGAAAGGAAGUUGUUGGUGGGCUGCUUGAACUCGAGCCGCAUCUUUGGACCAAUCCCCACAACGAAAAGUUUCCUCAACAAAAGGCGCGCGUCGACGCGUUCCGGACUCUGUGGCGCCCGUUCGAUUGGACACGGCGGUUGCACGAACAGGCUCCGGCUUCGGAAGAUGCCGCAGAACAGUCUCAGCAGCAUGCUGCACGAGUUUGAUAGCAAAACUCCGAUUGUACUUGUACACAUGCUGAUUGGUUUGAAUAAGAGUGGGUU